UGACCUCCAUGUGGGAGCUAGAGCUCUAUAAGUAAACACUCCGCGCCGCGCAGACAAGGCUUCUUCCUAUUUGUGAGGCGGGGGCUGCAGCGGCGGCGGCGCCUCCGACUAGUUCCGGUUUCCUUUCCUCCUCUACUCCGCUGGGCGGGUGCGCGGUCUAGGAGUUGCGGCUGCCUGUCCGGCCCGGCGUCUGGUCGGUUUUCCUCGCUUGUGCGCGCACUCGCCCGCCGGCCGCGGAGAGCCGGAGCCACCGGGGAAGCGGCGCGGGCCGGGCGGGGCGCGGUGCCCUGAGCACAGGGGGAGACAAAGCGGAGCCAGCCCCGUCUCCCGGCGCCAAGAUGUGGAUCCAGGUUCGCACCAUCGACGGCUCCCAGACGCGCACCAUUGAGGACGUGUCUCGUAAAGCCACAAUUGAGGAGCUGCGCGAGCGGGUGUGGGCGCUGUUCGACGUGCGGCCCGAGUGCCAGCGCCUCUUCUACCGGGGCAAACAGUUGGAAAAUGGAUAUACUUUAUUUGAUUAUGAUGUUGGACUGAAUGAUAUAAUUCAGCUACUAGUUCGCCCAGACCCUGAUCUUCCUAGCACGUCUAAACAGACUGAUGUACAGGCCAAACCUUGUUCUAAUAAUCCACCUAAAGGGAAGAAAACCCCAAGAGUGGGACCUUCCAGUCAGCCGUCUACAUCAACUCGUGAUUUUCUUAUUGAUCCUGGCAUUGGACUAUAUAAGGUAAAUGAAUUGGUGGAUGCCAGAGAUGUCGGCCUUGGUGCUUGGUUUGAAGCACGUAUACAUAGUGUUACUAGAGCUUCUGAUGGACAUUCACGUGGCAAAACUCCACUGAAGAAUGGCAGUUCUUGUAAAAGGACUAAUGGAAAUGUAAAUCAUAAUUCCAAAGAGAACACAAAUAAAUUGGACAAUGUACCCUCUACAUCUAAUUCAGAUUCUGUUGCUGCUGCUGAAGACGUUAUUUAUCAUAUCGAGUAUGAUGAAUACCCAGAAAGUGGUACUGUAGAAAUAAAUGUGAAGGAUCUUCGACCACGAGCUAGAACCACUUUGAAAUGGAAUGAACUAAAUAUUGGUGAUGUGGUAAUGGUUAACUACAAUGUAGAAAGUCCUAGUAAUAGAGGAUUUUGGUUUGAUGCAGAAAUUACUGCAUUGAAGACAAUCUCCAGGACCAAAAAAGAACUUCGUGCGAAUAUUUUCUUGGGGGGUUCUGAAGGAAAAUUAAAUGACUGCCAGAUAACAUUCGUAAAUGAAAUCUUCAAGAUCGAGAAACCUGGAGCCCAUCCUCUUUCAUUGGCAGAUGGAAAGUUUUUAAGGAAAAAUGACCCUGAAUGUGACUUUUGUGGUGGAGACCCAGAUAAGAACUGCCAUUCUUGCUCCUGUCGUGUGUGUGGCGGAAAACAGGAACCCAGCAUGCAGCUUCUCUGUGAUGAGUGUAACAUGGCCUAUCACAUUUACUGCUUAAAUCCACCUUUGGAUAAGGUCCCUGAAGAGGAAUACUGGUAUUGUCCUUCCUGUAAAACUGAUUCCAGUGAAGUUGUUAAGGCUGGUGAAAGACUCAAGAUGAGUAAAAAGAAAGCAAAGAUGCCAUCAGCUAGUACAGAAAGCCGGAGAGACUGGGGCAGGGGAAUGGCUUGUGUUGGUAGAACUAGAGAAUGUACCAUUGUUCCUUCUAAUCAUUAUGGACCUAUUCCUGGGAUUCCUGUUGGAUCAACUUGGAGAUUUAGAGUUCAGGUGAGCGAAGCAGGUGUGCAUAGGCCCCAUGUUGGUGGAAUUCAUGGUCGAAGUAAUGAUGGGGCUUAUUCUCUUGUCCUGGCUGGUGGAUUUGCAGAUGAAGUAGACCGAGGUGAUGAAUUCACAUACACUGGGAGUGGUGGUAAAAACCUUGCUGGUAAUAAAAGAAUUGGUGCACCAUCGGCAGAUCAAACAUUAACAAACAUGAACAGGGCAUUGGCCCUAAACUGUGAUGCUCCAUUGGAUGAUAAAAUUGGAGCAGAGUCUCGGAAUUGGAGAGCUGGUAAGCCAGUCAGAGUGAUACGCAGUUUUAAAGGGAGGAAGAUCAGCAAAUAUGCUCCUGAAGAAGGCAACAGAUAUGAUGGCAUUUAUAAGGUGGUGAAAUACUGGCCAGAGAUUUCAUCAAGCCAUGGAUUCUUGGUUUGGCGCUAUCUUUUAAGAAGAGACGAUGUUGAACCUGCUCCUUGGACCUCAGAGGGAAUAGAACGGUCAAGGAGACUAUGCCUACGUUUACAGUAUCCAGUAGGCUACCCUUCAGAUAAGGAAGGGAAGAAGACUAAAGGACAGUCAAAGAAGCAGGCCAGUGGGGCCUCAAAAAGGCCGAUUCCAGAUGAUGAUGAUUGUCCAAGUGCCUCCAAAGUGUUCAAAGCAUCAGAUUCAGCAGAACCAGUUGAGGCUUUCCAACUAACCUCUCAACAACAACAUCUAAUCAGAGAAGAUCAUCAAAACCAGAAGCUAUGGGAUGAAGUGCUUGCAUCUCUCGUGGAAGGACCAAAUUUUCUGAAAAAAUUGGAACAAUCUUUUAUGUGUGUCUGCUGCCAGGAGCUAGUUUACCAGCCUGUGACAACAGAUUGCCUCCACAAUGUCUGUAAAGAUUGCUUACAGCGCUCUUUUAAGGCUCAAGUUUUCUCCUGCCCUGCUUGUCGGCAUGACCUUGGCCAGAAUUACAUCAUGGUUCCCAAUGAGACUCUGCAGACUCUACUUGACCUUUUCUUCCCUGGAUACAGCAAAGGACGAUGAUCUGUCUACUUCUACUGUAUUGUUCCUGGUGAUUUUUUUGGACAAUAAGGAAUCUAAAAUGGUUGGGGGUGGGUGGGGAUGGAAGCAACGGUGGACCAUAUUUCUCAUGUUCUGAAGCAGCUAAUCCUCUUUCCUACAUAGCCAUCAUCUUGUGUGUGUAGUAAGAGGCCCAUUUCUCAGCUGUCUUUUAAAUAUCAAAAGGUAGUUCCUGUAAGUAACAACUAGUUGUAAUGAGUAAAAGUCAAACAGCCUCAGCUCUAGUUGAUAUCCAAGUUAUGAUUUAUUUUGCAACUACCUCAGGACAGAAAAGAUUUAUGGGGAUUUUUUAAAUCAUUGAAUAAUUAGUUAAAUGAAAUUUUAGCUACACACUGCCUCCCAAAUAUUAGUUGUGCCUGGUUCAUGUAAUUUGAUUUUACAGAAAAGGAAAUGACACUUGAGAUUGUUGGAAUGAACGCAGCUUCUGUAGUGUGCAUAAUACAUUUUUAAUGUCUUCUUCCAUUACGAUGUGUGUUUUGCAAGGACAGGUUCAUUUUUUAGCCCAUUUUUGUGAGCCCCAUUGUGCUUUUUUUCUGGUGUUUUAUGCAAGUUGACUACUAAUGACUAAUGAGAACAAUAUGAAUGCGUUGUUGCUGCAUUAGUGUAAUGUGGUGUGGUUUUGCACUUAAAAAAGAGGUAUUCAGAUACUCUAACUGUAAAUGUUUAUGAAAAGCCUCUUCUGUAUUAGUCAAACUGCUUUUAGUGAGUCUUACCAGUGGUUUUACAUCUGCAGAGCAUUGAGGACUGGGCUGAUUUUUUGAGAGGAUGAGAUUGCUUCAUAUUGUGACCCUAAAUUUUAUAUUCACUAUACUCCCUAAAGUAUACCUUAAUAAAUAUUUUAUGACCAGCAAAAUAGCUCAUCUUGCUUCACUGUUUUAUAUUUGUCUGUCUCAUAGUAUUUUAAAGAAUCAAUCAUUUCCAGAGUAUUUCAUUGUACAUUUUUAUUGAAACACACCUUUUGCACAAUUUUUUACUCUUGAUUUUUGGUAAUGAGAACUCGUAUGAAAUCUUAAGCUCUAAGGACAGAUUUCACCCUGGGUUUGACCUUUUUUUUUUAACGUUUUUUAUUUCACUAAAUGGGAAAAUUUUUAAUAUAAGAAAGAACAACCUUUCAUCUAUAACAACUUCAUUCUUAUGUUCAAUUUUAUUAUAAUCAGUGCUACUUUUUAUUUCAGACACAAGAAUAUUCUAAAAUGUAGUUUUAGUCUCAAACUAUAUUGUUUUAUUAUCAUCAGAGAAAAGUUUUAACUUGAUCAAGCCGUUUUUUUCUACCCCUGAAUUCAGAGCCAUAUAUAUAGCCAAUCUUUGUUGAAUAUUUGCUUUGUACUAGUCAUUUAUAUGUUUUUAUGUGUAUUCAUUUUAUACUACUGACAAUCGUAAGAGGGAGGUGCUGUUAUCCCCAUCUUAUGGAUGAAUAUCAAAGGCAUAGAAAGGUUAAGAAACUUGCCGGAGUUCAUAUGCCAAGGAAGUAGCAGAACUGUGCUAUAAAUGUAGGCAUUCUGAACCCAGAUCUGGCAAAUUUUACUUCUGGGCUAUAUAGACUCUCAUAUUUGAAUAUAAGCCAAACUAGUUUCAUUGCUUUUCCUGUAUUCAGUAAAUUCAAAAUCAUAUUCUGGGAAACAUUUACAGCACAGUGAUUAGAGCUGUCUGUCACGUAGGGUUAUAAAUGUUGGAAUCAUUUUUAUUUUGAUGAAUCAAAUUCUUAGAUUGAAAAUGAAUCAUUAAAUUGUGUCAUCUGGUGUUGUAAUUCCCUCCUGCAUUGGCCAUAUCUCUGCAUGAAGAGUGGGGAAUAUCUCCCAGUUUCAGCUACUUGAACUGGUUUAGUUCUACCACUUUUAUUAGUAAAAUAAGUGAUUCUCACAGUUUACACAUAUCUAUUGUCUUAAUUUUUCUAUAAUAAUAGACUGGGAAAGAAAGCUGUUUCUAGCUUAACAUGUUCACAAGUGUCGAGGAUGGUCCAAAGCCAAGCAAUUCUUUGUUGCUCUUAAAGUUUUUUUAAAGACUUUGUUUUUUAACAUAAAUAUCUGUUUCUAUCUGAAAGAUACAGACUUUUAGAAAACAUAAACACAAUACCCUUGUCACACAUGUGAAACAAAAAUUUAACAGUAAUUAAAUCAAAUACCUAGUAAAUGUUCAAA